UUCAUUUGAUAGAUGUAGUGCGGCGUUAGCCAAAUGUGUAAAUACAGAUUCAUAAACACACUAUCUUGACGGUAAUUCAAAUGUUUAUGCUACAUAUUAAACCAUGCAAAAUCAAAUAGAAUCCGCACUCGCGACCAACAUUUGAUUCACACGGUGCCAAUGACAGCAAUUUCACAUCACCUCCAUUCAUAUCGUUCUUCUCUCUCUAACCUCAAUUCCCACUACCGUCUCUCUCCUCGUUUCGCCUCCGCUUCAGCUUCCCACCUUCAUCGGCCUCCCUGUCAAGCAUUUCACAACCCCCAACAACUGGCAUUGAUCAAACCAACUAUACAACUCUUAUCAACUGGCCAAACAGAAAAAACACUGAUUUCACUCAUAAAAUCAUGUUCUUCAAAAACCCAAUUGCUUCAAAUCCAUGCCCACCUCGUCCGUACGUCUCUCCUUCAAGACCCGACAAUCUCACUCACCUUCUUGAUCCGCGUUGCUCUCUGGACAUCACGCAAUUUUGGCUAUUCCCGCCGAAUUUUCUCUCACAUCUCAGAACCCAAUGUUUCUCACUACAACACCAUGAUCAGAGCUUGUUUGAAAAACAAUUCCCCUGAGGAAGGGUUUAAAUUGUAUCGAGAAAUGCAAUGGCGAGGUAUGCGUCCCGACCCACUAUCUUCUUCGUUUGCUAUUAAGUCAUGCGUUAAGAUUUCUUCAUUAUUUGGAGGGUUACAGAUUCAUGCUAGGGUUUUGAGAGAUGGGCAUCAAUCUGAUAGACUCUUGCUCACUACUUUGAUGGAUUUGUAUUCGACUUGCCGCAAGUGUGACGAAGCAUGUAAGGUGUUUGAUGAAAUCUCUGAAAGAGAUGCAGUGACUUGGAAUGUCCUGAUUUCUUGCUACACUCGUAAUGGUCGAACUCGGGAUGCUACGGGUGUAUUUGAUAUGAUGCAGAGCACUCCAAAUGGUUCUGAACCGGAUGAUGUUACUUGUUUGCUUGUACUUCAGGCGUGUGCCAACUUGGGUGAAUUGGAAUUUGGUGAGCGGGUUCAUAAAUACAUUCAAGAACAUGGAUAUGGAGAUGCCCUCAAUCUGUGUAAUUCUCUAGUAGCAAUGUACUCGAGAUGUGGGUGUCUGGAGAAAGCUUAUCAGGUGUUUAAGGAAAUGAACAGUAGAGAUGUGGUUUCUUGGAGUGCAAUGAUUUCGGGUUUUGCAAGCAAUGGAUAUGGUAGAGAAGCUAUUGAAGCAUUCAGAGAGAUGCAGAGAUUGGGUGUUUCCCCGGAUGAUCAGACUUUCACAGGGGUUCUUUCUGCUUGCAGUCACUCUGGGCUGGUUGAUGAAGGUUGGAUGUUUUUCGAUUGUAUGAGCAAAGAGUUUGGGAUAGUACCUAACGUCCACCACUAUGGGUGCAUGGUUGAUCUCAUGGGUCGUGCUGGUUUGCUUGACCAGGCCUAUGAGCUUAUCAUUUCGAUGGGGGUCAAACCAGAUGCAACAAUUUGGAGGACUCUACUUGGAGCUUGCAGAAUUCACGGCCAUGUCACCCUUGGAGAGUCUGUAAUUGGGCAUUUGAUUCAACUUAAUGCUCAAGAAGCAGGGGAUUAUGUUCUGUUGUUAAAUAUUUAUUCUUCAGUUGGAAACUGGGAGAAGGUGACGGAAUUGAGGAAAUUGAUGAAGGAGAAAGCAAUCCACACCACACCUGGCUGUAGUACAGUUAACCUGAAAGGAGAAGUACACGAGUUUGUCGUGGAUGAUAAUUCACAUCCACGAAAGGACGAGAUUUAUGAGAUGUUGGAUGAGAUUGGAAAGCAACUGAAGAUUGCUGGUUAUGUUCCUGAAAUAACAUCUGAGUUACAUAAUUUGGGUGCAGAAGAAAAGGAGACAAGGCUAUGUUAUCACAGUGAGAAGUUGGCCAUUGCUUUUGUAGUUCUUGCAACUCCACCUGGCACAACAAUAAGAGUGGCAAAGAACCUCCGAAUCUGUGUUGAUUGCCACAAUUUUGCAAAGGUACUUUCCGGGGUUUAUAAUCGGAAGGUGAUUAUUAGAGAUCGUACCCAGUUCCAUCAUUUCCGAGAAGGACACUGCUCCUGCAAUGACUAUUGGUAGGGAAAUCUAGGUUUGAAACACAUACUGAAACAUAAGUGGAGUGCAGCAUUAGGUAAAAUCUGCAUCCUAAUCUUAUCACAAGUGAAUUUCAGUUUCCAGAAAACACAUUACAGAAUCACGUCUCAAGGAACUCAGCUAAAAAAUUCCUCAAUUGGUUAUGCAAACGAAUCCUUGUGUAAUGUGGUGGCAUGACAGACAUUAAAGAAAAGCAAUGUAUCAUAACAGAUUGUGUAAAAGCCUAGAGAUAAGGGUUUUUUUGCCUUCCACUGAAGUGUAAGAACCUAAAGAGUGGGACAAAUGCUUUGAUGAGUUGAGUUGGUUGCACUGAGGCGAUGUAGGAUCUCAAAAAGUAUGUUUUGAUCAGUGCAUCAAGGAAUGUGUAUGCCAAAUGGCUGCAUUACUGAUUGCAGCCUUGUUUAAUCUAUAAAUUUCUGAUGUUAAACUUCAUGUAUGGGAACUAAAGUUCUAAGCUUGCCCCUUGGAUACUGUCAUGAAAUCGCUACUGCUGAAAUUCGGACACUUAACAUGUCCACCAUUAUGGUCCAAGUCUUUUUUUGUUGAGGUUUGACGGAUAUUCUAAUUCCUAAAAUCUUUAAUCAGGGGAGUUUUUAUCA